CUUUGGAUGGCCGCAGCCCCCCUAGAGCUGAGUCUCUCUCUCUCUCUGUCUCCCCCUCUCCCUCUGCUCCUUUCCACAGCAUUGCAGCAGUCGAGCGUCCAGCAGGCUCCUCGCUCCUCCCUCCUCCAGCUUCCCGGGCCUCCUCGACCGCUGUCCCUCCAGCAUCCUCGCCACCGCCCCAGCCAGCACCAUGGCCAGCACCGUGUCAGCCUACAAGGAGAAGAUGAAGGAGCUGUCUGUGCUCUCACUGAUCUGUUCUUGCUUCUACACUCAACCACACCCCAACACCAUUUAUCAGUAUGGAGACAUGGAAGUUAAGCAGCUGGACAAGAGGGCAUCGGGCCAGAGCUUUGAGGUGAUCUUAAAGUCACCUUCGGACCUGUCUCCCGAGAGCCCUGUGCUCUCCUCUCCCCCCAAGAAGAAGGAUGUCUCCUUGGAGGAGCUGCAGAAGAGGUUGGAGGCUGCAGAAGAGAGGAGGAAGACCCAGGAGGCCCAGGUGCUGAAGCAACUGGCGGAGAAGCGCGAGCACGAGAGGGAGGUGCUGCACAAGGCCCUGGAGGAGAACAACAACUUCAGCCGACUGGCCGAGGAGAAGCUCAACUACAAGAUGGAGCUGAGCAAGGAGAUUCGUGAGGCUCACCUAGCCGCGUUGAGGGAAAGGCUCCGUGAGAAGGAACUGCACGCAGCUGAGGUCCGCAGGAACAAGGAGCAGCGAGAGGAGAUCUCUGGUUAAAGGGCUUUUCUACACAUUUAGCACCUGGGUCCUGAUAACAACAAAAAAAAACCCAACCCACAUUUUAUUUUUACUUUGAGUUUGUCUAUAUGCAACUUGGGUUCUUCCCUGCCUCUUCCCUUUGCCCAUCCCUGUGUUAAUCCCCCAGCUUUACGCUUCUCUCUCUCUCUCUGCAACCUUAAUUAUCCAGUCCUUGUUGGGGCUCACAGGCCAUACACACCUCUAAGCAGAAUAGUAUCUAGUUCACAUGAAUAUAGAGUCAAUCAGUCAAGUCAAUCACCUGAUCAGGUAAUCUGCUUCUUGUGGGGUUUUUGGUUCCUUUGGAGAAUCUUUCUUAUACCAAUGUGAAGAAUGAAGACAUUAAUAAAUUCAACCAGCAGUGGCACGGACAUGUGGAUUUCUUAUCCAGAAGUUCAUUACCAUUUCUUUGUCAUUUAAAGGGAAUUGACUCUGAGCCACCCAAAUUCUUGGGUGCCCUUGUGAUCAUUUCUUCUCGGGGAAAAAAAAGGAAAAAAAAAAGAGUGCUGGCCUAUCCAGUUAUCUUUAGUACUGGAAUAGAAGAGGAAGAGAAGAAGGAAGUGGAUAGCAUGGGGAGUUGUUCCCUUCUCUGGAUCACUGAUUUCCAGUUUAAACGUCACGAAGUUAAUUUGAAAGUUGUCGCCAUCCAGUGGCUGUUUCUUGGCCUAGGUAGUGGUAAAUCCAUGUUUUCGUGGGCCCCACUCAGAAACUCCCUUCAAACUCAUUGUACGGAACCACCAGAGAUCAGUUUCUGAAGGGGUGUGGAAACUAAAGGAUUUUUUUAGACACAGCCCUUCUAGGUUAAAGUUUAGUCUGGGAAGUCACGGUUGCCCUUUUGCCACCUGGGUUGAACCCACUGAGGUGUAUUGUUACUGCCCAGCUGACCCUGCAUCACAGACACUGAAAUUCCACUCACAAAAACAUUGGGGUGGGGAAUUCAAGGUUUGACCCAGCAAGCAGCAACACCGAGGGACCCCCUCCAAGAUUCAGAGCAGGAGUGUGGCAAGACUGCUGAGGUCUAGCUAUGAUGAGGUAAUUGAGACCCAUUAAAAACUCUAGUUGCUAAGCUUGUAGGAAACUGCUGGGAAGAUGGCAGUUUCGGGAAAGGGAUCUCGAGUCAGAUGAGAGAGAAUACAGGCUGGUCUCAUUUCUGGACUUCUGCCAAGAGGAGGUAAAAAGAGCUGAGUUUGAGGUAAUCUGUCCAAUUGUCUGGGUAGCCACUCAAGCCACCACAGCCCCUUUAUGUGUCAACCAGCAUCCCGUUGGCAAAAGGACACUUGUGAACACUUACUGAACUUGUGCAGGUCACACAUUAAAUGCAGGUGCAGAGUUUGGAGCACAUGAGAGGGUGGAUUCAAUAUAGAGCAAAGAAAAGAUACAAGGCAACUGGCCCAGGUCAUAAUUGGCAUUUCAUCCUUGUGCAAUAGAAAGGUUUGCUGGAGUUCCACUUCCCAAGAAUUGAUAUUGAUAUUGACCACAAAAUUCAUGUUAACUUUCAUAAAUAUCUAAAACCUUCUCCAAGGUGGCUGGGGUCUAGCUCUCCCAAGACAAUCCAAAGAGGAAAGAAAGUCCCAAUUUCUACGCGUGACCAUGAUGCAACUUUUUCCUCAAAUGCAGCCUCCUGCUUUGAACAGCUCUGGGCAUGGCAGCCCUGAGAAUACUUCUCCUUGGUGGCUACGAGGGGAUGGCAUGGGUGGGGUGAGAUGAGUAGGUAGCGGUGAACACAAAAGCCAUGGGUCAUUGACUAGUAGUUUAGAUGCUUUUUGGAGAAUGGCCAGCUUAUCUUGCGGGGAGGGAGGAAGGGGAGUUUCUGCAAUGAAAUAUUCAGAGAAGGUGACCCUGCUUGGAUUUCACCCAGAUAUUGCUUGACGUGAGACUUGGUGAAGUCCAGGGUGAGUCUGACCUUUCUCCAAAGUCCGUAUUUCCUCCGAGACAGAAAUGAGCAGAUCGCUAUAAAAAGGACAGGUCAAUUAAUAUUCAUCUUUGUCAUGCUACUAAGUUCCCUUCUCCUUAAAUGCAGGUGUUACCUUAGAGUUUGGUUUGAGUGAACCUGGACCACCAAGGGAUGGCAGAUCAGGUUUCCUUUCGGAACACCUGGAGUGAACCCUAGCGGGAACCAAGGAGUGGGAAGGUAAAUUGGAUUGGAUUUCAUUAGCGCCCCCCCGCCCAAAACCUGAUGUUGAACAAAAUCCAAGACCGACAUACAGUAUCCUGGAAAUUUCCGUUGGCCUUACUCCUUGAAAACAAGUUGUUUGUCCAGCUCUGACACGGAGGGUUUCCUAUUGCGUGUCUGGGAGUCAACUGGCCACCAAAAAAAGGCAAAAAAAAAAAAAAAGGCAAAAAAGAAAGCAAAAAAAUAUAGCUUUGAGUGACAGAAGAGGGCUCGGCCCAGAUAACCUCUCAUUGACAGAGCGGCUCAUUCAGUUAAGAGGAAGAGAGAGGAGCAGGGCAGGGCUGACCUAAGGCGAUUCAGCCAGUCUGGUGGAAGUGGUUCCUGUGCUUGUGAGGAGGCCCCUAACUGCUACGAUGUCUGCAGUGUGGAGGUUGGGGUGGGCAAGGAGGGAGGCCUGUGAGGGCCAGUGAAACCUGUGGAACGUAGCCAUAGCCUUGCAGGGGGAUCAUUGCUUCCUCUGUCACACAGCACUGCACCACCAAGAUUGCCUCUAUGGAGAUCCGGAGAUAAUAAUUAGGGUUUAGCUGGGACCAAAGGCUGCUAAAAGUACUUUAUGGAACAGGGAAUGGGGAAGGGGAACUGAGGGUUGAAUUUCUUAAUAGUCACCGUUACCAGUUUCUAUCAGGUAGCAGUUCAUAGCGAAAGCCUCGUAUAAUAAUGCAGACUCAUCUCAUCCAUAUAGGAAAAGGUAAAUUUUAAAACAGUUAAACUGCUUAUAAAUUAAAUGAACAAAUAAAAACCUGUGUGUGCAAGAUAUGGUUGAAACUGUCAAAAUGUCCGUGCCCUGCAUUCGUGGGAUCUGGGAAACUGUCUGCAAGAUAUUAACUCUGUCCUACUCUGUGGCUCUGAGUGUUUUGCUUGGUAUGUAAUUUCAACCUGGAGCUUGUUGUAAAUACUGUUUUUAUUACUAUAAUUAUUAAUUGCUAUGAUCAUGAUGAUGAUAAGAAAUGUUGUAUUCAUAAGCACGAGUUUGAAAACAACAAAACCAUUUUCCUCUCUGGCAAACUCUAGGGGCCCAACAGUUUCAAGGUGCACCUGGAAGGAGUGAAGCGGUGGGUGGGGUUGGGGGUUGUAUGGAGGUGAAACCUAGCUUCACCCCUUUGCCGAGUUUGGGAGCUAGUGCUGAGGACUUUUAUCCACAUCCACUAACCCCCUUACAUCUUGCUGGCUGAGAUACCAGCCCAAGGGAAGUGCAAGCCUCAGAGAAGGUUAAUGAGCAGGUUAAUUGAUUUUAGGGGGACCUGGGGGAGUCUUACAACUUCAGAAGCACAGGCAGCUGGAAAGAGGGCCCUGACCACCUUCAGGGUCAAGACCCAGAGCAGGGCCCCUGGUUUCUGUGAGAGAGGAUGGGAAAUUUCAACUUCCUCACUUUACUUCCUGGGUACUGCUGGCAAAUGCAGCUGACUUCUUUUGCAGCCACACCAACUAGUUGACUGAACCUUUCUUGAAUGCAGUGGGGCGGGUGGGAUGCGGUGGGGAGGGGGUUAAUGAUGAAUGCCAGAAUCUGCUUCUCCCUAAGCUCUUCUUGAUGGCCUUACCCCUUUCUUUGAUCUCCAGCUCUCCAACCCGGGUCACAUAUUUAUUUUCAUUUAGUUUACCUCCUAGGAUUGUUCUCAGAUGGCUGAGUGCCUGUUGGGACUUUGUGCUUAUCACUGGGUCUCCCCCUUUCUCCAUCCCUAGUGUGGUCUCACUGCCCCUCUUUCCCCCCAUCACUUGUGUCCACCUUGGCUGUACUCUUUCCCAUUAGCGAUGGUUCUCAAAGUAAUCGGCAGGGCCCAGAGCUGAAUCUGACAUUUACCAGAUCAUGUGUACUGGUACAGUUUAUCCCAAGGAUGGGAAGCAGAUCGUGGGUGGGCAUAGGGAGGAAGUAGAUUAGCCUGACGUGUUGGAAACUCUGUGUUUCCAGGGGGACGUGUCCUUCCCCCGGCCAAGUGGAGCAGGCAAGAGAAGACAAUUCACUUGCAUUUUGAGGAUGCUAACUGCAAAACUGAGCCUCUCACCCUCCUAGAACAUUUGAUCACGCACAUUUGCAGCUCUCCCGAGCGCACCAGCACACUAGACCUCCUUCCCCCAUCCCUGGAGUGUAGAGCCAUCUGCUAUCAUACAUAGCUGGACCAGAGAAACCCCAAUUCUUCCUUCCUUACUACAGGGCCCCUUACGAUUCCUGCCCUUUCAGUCGAUUCAGCUCAGGCCGGAUCAACCACUCCUUUGAGGAGAGGAGGAAUCUUAAAAGAAUUAGGCUGUGAGAGUUCUCCCCUGAGAGCAGGAAUACUCCUUUCUCGGCUCCCUACUUCUCACUUCAGUGCCUGGAAGAUGGAAGAUUCUCCUCCCAAGGAAAUUGUAAAGGCUGAAGAGAAAAUGAAGAGGAGGGAGGAGGCAAGACCUCGAAAGAGAGAUGAUGACAAAGGAAAAGGGCCUGGAGGUACAGUCGUGGGAUAGAGGGGGUACUCUAUUAUUUUCUUUGGAAGUCAAGAGUGUUCAGAAAAUAAGUGACUAGCUUUUCUAUAGCCAGAAUGAAAAAAAGAGACCUGACCAGUUAGAAGUGAUCUUAUGGUCACUUCCCACUACCUUUCUUACUUUUGAAUGUGAACUCCUAACUGUUGGCUUAGCGUGGUCCUUGUCUAUUUGGUGCCCACUUUAAAGUCUGCAGCUUCAGGGGAGGGAGAUUGGUUUUGUUGUAAACAAUCCUUAAUAUAGUGGAAAUGUAGAAAACAAAAAACACUGCCUCCAGAAUUUCAAUUAUGAGUAGCUGUCCACAGGUCUGGGUGCUCAUCUAUUAAAAUGGAGGGUAAAAUGAGGGUAUCCCUUUAAGACUCAAAUUUCAAUGUUUCUUUAAUUUAAUUAGAGCACUGGGACAUUGUGACUUUCUAAUUUAGCCUCUGAAUUACAAUGUUCACCUUGGUCUACUGUGCACUAGAGCAUUCCAUUAAAGCUUCAUUGUCUUUAAAAGAUCUUCCACCUAAGCAUGUGAGCAUGCACUGUGGUAUACAUAUAUACAUACAUACAUGGACACACGGAGUGCAUAUGUAUGCAUAGACACACAGCCCAAAAUUCACUUGCAUAUAUCCCCUCAUGAAGUCAGGGAAUGGCUGAUUAUGGUGCUAAUUUACUUCCUAACCAUGUUAGGGGAUGACAUGUUGUAUUAGGACCAAUAAAUUCCAUCUCUGUAGUCAGUUGUCUCAUGUUAUGGAGAAAAGGGGGUGUUGGAAUUUCUGUUGCCAUCAAGUUGAAAGAGAAUAUCCUUCAUUUAAUUAUCACCAGUUUCCAUGAAUAAGAAAAAAAUAUAGCAAGGUUUUGCAAAAACUAUUACUGUGAAGGAAAAUGAGAACCAAAAUGGCACCCAGCAUUUACCCUUGCACUAUAUAUCCGGUUUUGGUUUACAUGUCAUCGGCCUUUUGCGGGAUCCACUCCUCAUGAUGAAACGCGUAUACUUCCAAGUAAACAAAUUGAUAAGAAUCUUGUAAUGGUGUUACAAAUGGACUUCCCGCCACUCUGACAGAGCCUUGUCUGGUUUAUUUAGUGCAUUUCAUUGUCAACUUAAGGUGGUUGUUGUGCAAAAGACGUGAUUAUGAAAAAAAAUAAAGUUGGUAUGAAACCAAA